AUGAGGGGUUGCGGCGUCUGUCUCCGAUACGUUAGGAAACCUAAAGUAAUCACCUGUUUUCUUAUAUUUAAAAGGCCAUGGCUUCAGAAAGUCGCCACUCAGACUAAAACUACUGAUGCUAAGUAUUUUACUACCACAAAGAGAGGUAGGCUAUGCUUAUUUUUUACAUGCCUGCUUAAGGCCGAAUUAAAUAGCGAAAAAAAGGACAGAAAAAAAGAAGCCGUUAAGAAGGUGAUAGCUAGUAUGACCGUUGGAAAAGAUGUUAGCGCAUUGUUCCCUGACGUCAUUAAUUGCAUGCAAACAGACAAUUUGGAGCUUAAAAAACUAGUUUAUCUUUAUCUUAUGAAUUAUGCGAAAACUCAGCCAGAUGCGGCAAUCAUGGCGGUGAACACUUUCGUGAAGGAUUGUGAUGACCCAAACCCGCUUAUCAGAGCCCUGGCUGUUAGGACAAUGGGAUGCAUUCGUGUUGAAAAAAUAACUGCAUACCAUUGCGAUCCUUUGCGAAAGUGUCUAAAAGAUGAGGAUCCUUACGUAAGAAAAACUGCCUCCAUAUGCGUUGCUAAACUAUAUGAUAUUGAUCCUCAGUUGGUUGAGGAUAGUGGUUUUUUGGAUUUGCUUCGAGACCUAUUAUCUGAUAGCAAUCCUAUGGUCGUGGCCAACGCGGUUGCUGCGAUUACCGAAAUUAUCGAGACGACGGAUUCCGAUUCAACCAAAGCUCUCCUAGCUUUUGAUGGAACAGUAAUCAACAAACUGUUGACUGCACUUAAUGAGUGUACCGAAUGGGGGCAGGUUUUUAUUCUUGAUGCUAUUUCUGACUAUUUGCCUUCGGAUGAUCGGGAAGCUCAGAGCAUAAUGGAACGAGUCUCUCCGCGCCUUGCGCAUGCAAAUGCUGCAGUUGUUCUUUCUGCUGUUAAAGUUAUGAUGAAAGUACUGGAAAUGAUUGAUCCAAGUGCUGAUAUAGUGGCGAGUGUAACGAAGAAACUUGCUCCUCCUCUGGUGACAUUGCUCUCUGCUGAGCCUGAGAUUCAAUAUGUUGCUCUACGAAAUAUUAAUUUAAUCGUACAAAAGCGAAAGGAGAUUCUGAAACACGAAAUGAAGGUAUUCUUUGUCAAAUAUAACGAUCCAAUUUACGUGAAACUGGAGAAGCUCGAUAUAAUGAUACGACUGACUAACUCGUCGAAUAUCGGCCAAGUGCUCGCAGAGCUUAAAGAGUACGCCAAAGAAGUUGAUGUUGAUUUCGUGAGGAAAGCAGUUCGUGCGAUCGGCCGCUGUGCCAUCAAAGUCGAAGCAUCUGCUGAAAGAUGUGUCAGCACACUUAUUGAUCUCAUCCAGACUAAGGUCAACUAUGUUGUCCAAGAGGCUAUUGUCGUUAUCAAAGAUAUCUUUCGAAAAUAUCCAAAUAAGUACGAGAGCAUCAUUGCCACGCUCUGCGACAAUCUUGAUUCUCUAGAUGAGCCAGAAGCCCGAGGCUCUAUGAUUUGGAUCAUUGGUGAAUAUGCUGAACGUAUAGAUAAUGCAGAUGAGCUAUUAAGCUCCUUCCUUGACGGAUUCCAAGAUGAGACAACACAAGUUCAAUUACAGUUGCUUACAGCAAUUGUGAAGCUAUUUUUGAAAAGACCUUCUGAUACACAAGAGCUGGUUCAAUCCGUACUAGGCCUCGCCACCCAAGAAUCAGAUAAUCCUGAUUUACGCGAUCGGGGGUAUAUUUAUUGGCGCUUACUCUCAACUGAUCCUGCUGCAGCAAAAGAAGUCGUUUUGGCAGAAAAACCUUUGAUUUCCGAAGAAACAGACCUCCUUGAAUCCAGUCUCUUGGAUGAAUUAAUCUGUCACCUAGCCAGCCUUGCUAGUGUUUACCACAGACCACCUAGCUCGUUUGUUGAGGGACGUCAUACUGCUCGUCGUCAACUGCCUUCUCGUAGUCUGGCUGGGGAUUAUUCUAGUACUCAAAUUCCAACGGUUAUACCAAAUCAGUACUCGCGAUUUGCAGCAGCGGACUAUUGA